AGAAGCGACUUUGCCAGCAAUAUACUUUCGUUUUUCUGAAAAGGUUACACAACCACUCUCUCUCUCUCUCUCUUCCUUGUCCCACGUCUUCAUUUUCUCGGUCAUGGAUGGACAACGCGGUGAAUUGACGUUCUUGCACUCCCGCGACUUCCUCCGGCGGAGCCCCGCCCCGCCUCCCGCCGACGACGGAGCCGCUGCCGGGAGCUCGCACGGCCCCAGCGACAGCAAGCCUCCCAUCAGGGAGGUCGAUUUCUUCUCAUCGGGGAAUUGCUCCAAGCUCAACAGCGACGAGGAAGAGAGCAAGGACUGCCAUGGACUAUCGAGAUCGACUCUAUCCGAUCCCCGCACUGGACUGAACCUGCUCUCUCUAAAUUCCGGGAUGGCGACCGCUACAGGAGAUGAUUGCAGUAACCACGAUACUGAGAUGAGGAUGCUCCGAGGGGAGUUGGACAGACUGCACGAGGAGAACUGCAAGCUGAAAAGUAUGUUGGAUCAGAUCGCCAAGAGCUAUAAUAAUCUUCAAGCUCAGCUCCUGAUGGCCAUGCAGAAACAGGCCCAUCUUAAUCACAGCGAGCAGCAGAGGGACGAGAUGACCAGCAUGUCGAGCCCCACAAAGUCAGCGCAACAGCUCAUGGACCUUCGGCCAGCAUGUGCGGCCAUAGACAACGUGAAGGAGGAAGAGAAGACCCGCGAGGUGUCAGUCUCUCCAACCACUACCAUGGAGGUCAUGUCCAAGGAAAGCGACCACAUUCACACCCCUCCCCUCAAUGGCACCAACAACAAUCAUAACAUCGAGGAUGGCGACCGGGCCUCAGAGUGCUGGGGCUCCCCCAAGAGCCCGAGGCUCGAGCCCUCGAAAGGCGGGGAAGAGCAACUGGCCGACAUGCCCUUCAGGAAGGCGAGAGUGUCGGUCAGAGCUAGAUCGGAAGCACCAUCGAUUAGCGAUGGAUGUCAAUGGAGGAAAUAUGGACAAAAGAUGGCCAAGGGGAAUCCUUGUCCACGGGCCUACUACCGUUGUACGAUGGCCGUUGGAUGUCCAGUUCGCAAGCAGGUUCAAAGAUGUGCGGACGACAAGGCCAUUCUUAUCACCACCUACGAAGGCAACCACAACCACCCACUUCCUCCGGCAGCCACUGCCAUGGCCAACACAACAUCCGCCGCUGCCGCCAUGCUACUAUCCGGCUCCACCACCAGCAAGGAAACCCUAGCCUCCACCAACCCCGGCUACUUCCCCUCGCUCCCCUACCCUUCCACCAUUGCCACCCUAUCUGCCUCCGCACCAUUCCCUACCAUCACCCUCGACUUGACUCAAAACCAUAACCCCAUGCAACUCUUUCCCCGCCCACCUCCUCAGACCUCGGCCACAUUCCCUCUUCCCUUGCAUGGCUAUGCAGCUCAGAUGAUGGGGCAAGUGCAACACUCCAUGAAGUUACCAGCGAUGCCUAUGCUGCAACCAGGACUAGGGCAGAGGCAUGCGUCCUUGGUGGAGAGCGUCAGUGCUGCCAUUGCCUCCGACCCCAACUUUACUGCUGCUCUUGCGGCCGCUCUUUCAACAGUGAUGGGCGGUGCACCACCACGGAAUGGCCCGGAUGGCAAUAUCAACGCUAAUAACAAUAAUAGUGGGAAUAAUCACUUUCUUCCUGCUGGGGUUGGUGUGCUUCCUGGGUCCCCACAGCUUCCUCAAUCCUGCACCACUUUCUCUACCAACUGAGCUUAUUUUUCCGCAGACUCACUCUAUAUGCCUAACAGGAAAAGAUGCUACUAGGUCGAGGAAGAAAAACGGAAUAAUUACUGUCAAGAAAAUUAUACAACCUAUGUGGAAGGAUAGGAAAGGCUGAUGGAGAUCAGGGAAGUGCAUUCGCAUCUCUCUUUUCAGAGAUGGCCGUAGAGACUCAGUUUGUUGAUCAUGCAUGGAUGCAGCAAGCGGUGCUUCUUUGGUGUUGAUGGGUGAUUUUGGGUUAAAGAUUAAUCAGCUUCUAACUUCUCGGAGAACAUGCACUCGUUGCCUUUUCUUGUCUUGAAUUCUUGGUGGUGAUCUUUUCUUCUUUUAUUUUUCUUUUUCUCCGGAAGGUAUGUUUUUCUUCAGUGCAAUUGCUUCAUAUAUGGGGGUUUUGCAGCUUUGAAAAGUGGGGUAUAAUUCAAGGUAGACACAUUAGGAAGGACAGGUACUUGGAGAGAAACAAAUAUAUUUACCUGAUCUUGUACAUUAAGUAAUAAAGAUCAGAGCCUCACAGGCUUAAAAGCAGAUAGAAAGCUUCUUAUCUUUCAAAUAAUAUUUCUUCAGCCUCUGCCUUACUUGA